AUGGUAUAAAUGUUUUAUAAUUGUUAGUCUGAUGUCUUUGAAGAAUUAGUGUAGAAGAUGUCAUUAAAGUGUUUGUUAAUCUUGCAGUAAUAAUCAUAUAUAAGUAACUCUAGAUUGUUAUCAUAGUUAUAUGCGAUUCCAAAUAAAAUGGUUUAAGAUUUCGAAAAACCAUAAAGAGUUUGUGAUUAUUGUUACAGAGAUUAUCUUUAUUAUCAAUGUUUAAUAAAAGAAUAGAGAAUAUAAUGGAAUACAAAAUCACUUUUGUUAUGUAAAUUUUUGGGAGAAUAAAAAAGAAUUAUAAAAAUAUAACAACCUUUAGAAUUGAGCGAAAAAUAAAAUAUCGAAAAGGAUAUUCUAAAUGGUAGAUCGGAUUCUCAUCUAUUAAAUUACAGCAUAAGAGAAUUUGUUACUUAAUGUUAAUAAGGAUUAAAAAUUGAAUAAAUUAGGAAUUCAAUCAUGAGAGUUUUGGAAUUGUUUGUAGCUAAUAAUCCAACUAUUGGUUACUGUUAAGGAAUGAAUCUUAUAGCUAUUAUUUGCUUAUGUUUAGCAGAUGAAGAAGGAGCUUUUCAUAUUAUGGAUUAACUCUUUAGUACAAUUGUACCUUAAAGAUUCUAUUCAUCCUCAUCUGGAGCUUAUUUAAUUGGCUAUUAUGCAGAAGUUUAUUUUCUGUAAGAAAUCAUUUAAAUUAAUAAAUUUAAAGAUUGGCAAAUUUUAAUGUAAUUUAUUGAGCUUUAAGGACCAUCACUCUUAUUAACAUUAAUGAUUUAAGUACUUAAUAUUAGUUCAUUAUUGGUGACUUGGAUUUAAAUGUUUUAAAUUCAAUCUUUUAUUCCAAUUGAUAAGGCUCUCUUAUACACAUUAUAAACUGCUACUCUAAAAAACAUAGAUCUAAUGUAACCGAAUAUCAUCAAUAUUAUAGGAAAAUGUAUAUAUACUAAAUUUUAUUUAAGGGUAUAAUUUAUAUUGAAUAAUAUUACUCAAAAACAAGUUGCUCUUGGGUAGAUAAUGAUCCUAAUAUCCUCAAUAAAUUAAAAAAAAUCUCAAAUUUUGAAAUUGACGAAAUUGCCUCCCUAUAAAUAGAUUUUAAAAAGAAUUGCUUAAAUACAAAUAAAAAUGCAAUACAUUAAUAAUAUAAAUAAAGAAUGA